AACGCGACGCUUUAAUGGGGAAGAUGGCGGCGGCGGCGGCGGCGCUACGAAGCAGCAGUCCCGCAAGAGAACCUGCAUUGGACCGGGUCAAAGUAGAGGAAGGCACCGAAGCAGAGAAGCAGAGUCGUGUUUCUGCUUUGCUGGAGAGGCUGCACGCCAAACACAACGCCUCACGGCCAUGGCAGGAAACCAGCAAAGUCGUCCGCACAGCCAUGGAAAAGCGUGGUGUGAUGAACUCGGCAGGUCACCAGCUCCUGCUCAACUGUUUAGAGACGCUUCAAAGGGCACUUAAAGUGACCUCACUGGCAUCUAUGACCGAUCGCCUGGAGUCCAUCGCCCGUCAGAAUAUGUUGGGGUCACACCUGAGUCCUUCAGAAACAGAGUGCUACAUCACCUCUGACAUGUUCUAUGUAGAAGUGCAGCUGGACACCAUAGGCCAACUGAUCGAUGUCAAAGUGGCUCAUCAUGGAGAAAACCCUGCGAGCUGUCCGGAGCUCAUACAACAUCUGAGAGAGAAAAACUUUGAGGAAUUCUCCAAACACCUGAAGGGUCUCGUGAACCUGUACAAGCUUCCAGGAGACAACAAACUGAAGACUAAAAUGUAUCUGGCCCUGCAGUCCCUGGAGCUGGACCUUACUAAAAUGAUGCACAUGUUCAGGAUAGCCACAAAGGCUAACACGGUAGAGACGAUCCUGCACGGCAGUGUCGGUCUGCUGACCUCAAGGAGUGGUGGCCAUCUUAUGUCCCUGCAGUGCUACGUCUCGCCUUACGACACUUUUGAGGAGGGAACCGGCGCUCAGCUUAACUAUACCGACACAACCAUCCCUCGUUCUCUGGGGGUGGCCGUGUCCGUGACAGUGGAGGGAACAUCAACUGUCUACAAACUUCCCAUCGCGCCUCUCAUCACUGGAUCUCAUCCGGUGGAUAACAAAGGGACUCCAACAUUUUCUCCUGCGUCAAACUCUAACUGUGUAGACCUGCCAGCAUGUUUCUUCUUGAAGAUGAAGAAACCCAUGCCCUUUUCCCUGUCCUUCAUUCACAAAAUGGGCAGUGUUACAGGUAUCCCAGUGUUUGAAUCAGUUCCUGCCUUGUCCCCAUUAUAUGACCUCAUCAUCAAAAGCCAGUCCAGUGAAGAAGAUGGCAGCACCACUCCAACAUCGGCCCGGUUCAUGAGAUUUUACGCAUCUCUGCCAGGACAGCAGCAUUGCUAUUUUCUGAAUGGAGAUGCCCCAGUACAGGAUGGGAAAUCUCUGCAGGGGUCACUGGUCUCCAAAAUCCCCUUUCGACAUCCUGCUCAUGUGCCUGCUCUGCUGGACAUCAUAAGACACCAAGCAGCUUAUAACACUCUGAUUGGCAGCUGCGUAAAAAAAACCUACAUAAAGGAAGAUACUCCUGGUCUACUGCAGUUUGAGGUCUGUCCACUGACGGACUCUAGCUUCAGUGUGUCCUUCCAGCAUCCUGUGAAUGAGUCCCUCGUUUGUGUUGUAAUGGAGGUAAUCGACUCACGGCAGGUAUCGUGUAAGCUGUAUAAGGGUUUGUCUGAUGCUUUGAUUUGCACAGAUGAAUUCAUUACCAAGGUGGUUCAGCGAUGCAUGUCCAUCCCUGUGACAAUGCGAGCUAUCCGUCGCAAGGCAGAGACGAUCCAGGCAGACACCCCAGCCUUGUCCCUAAUAGCAGAAACUGUGGAGACUAUGGUGAAAAAGACCCUUCCACCCACAGGUAGCCCUGGGUACAUGGGUAUGGGCACAGUACCUGAUGGGAGCAACACUGUGGGCCUGCCUGGUGUAGGGGGUGCUACUACACCUACAGGAGGUGGUAGUGCUGGGAAUUUGGCUGCAAGUGGGCCAUUCCAAGGCCCAAUGAGCUCCCUUUUCAACAUGAACCACCAAGGUAGUUCAGUUGUGGACACCAUGGGUCAGAUAGGAAGUCAGCAGCAGCAGCAGCUUCCACCCCAGCAUAGCCAUGGUUCAGAUGAUUUUAGCAAGGUGACUCAGAACCCUAUACUCACAAGUCUUCUCAAGAUUACAGGAAGUGUAGAGCCUAGUCCCACUCCCCAGGGAUCUACCGGCUCACAGCCACACCAGACACCACCACCAACCACGUCACCUGCUAGCAAUACCAAAAAUCAUCCCAUGCUGAUGAACCUGUUGAAAGACAACCCCUCACAGGACUUUGCUGUCCUGUAUGGUAGCAGCCCUCUGGAGAGACAAAACUCUUCUGGUUCGCCUCGCACAGACAGCCAAGGACAGCCAUGUCCUGGAGGCGGCACCAAAGGCAAGAAGAAGCGACCAAGGGGCACUGAUAAGGGCCUGAUGGGAACAGGGGGAGGGAUGGGAAUGAAACAGCAGUCUCAACACCAGCAAAUGGGAAGCAUAAGUCAGCAGCACCAUCACACCCACACCCCCACUGAAGAUGAUUUCCACCGUGAGCUUUUUUCCAUGGAUGUUGAUGCCUCUCAGAAUCCCAUCUUUGAUGUCAAUCUUCCAGGUGAUGGGUUGGACACUCCACACAGUAUUACCCCAGCUCCAAGCCAGUGUGGGACUCCACCAUCAGGCCCUGGAAUGUCAUACCACCCACAGUCACAUGUCCAGUCUCAGACGCAAGCUCAGACACAACCGCCGGGAUCUAUACCUCGCAUGGUGCGCCUCUCUAGCUCUGAAAGUAUUGGUCCUGACAUUAAUGACAUUCUGUCUGAUAUUCCUGAUCCAGCUACAAAAGGGUGCGGAGGCAGCCAUGGGCAGCAUCACAUGGGUGGGGAAGAAGGGGGUUCCUUAGACACUCCACUAAGGGAUUCCUCUAGCUCAGGUCAGGGUAGUGCAGUAUUUGAGGCUGAUUUGUUUAACACCAACAGCAAUGAAAACACCUACACUGAUCCAGUGGAUUUAAUUGCAGAGGCUGCUACUGCAGCUACUCCAAAUAGUGAUGCUUCUUCGAGUAAUUUCUUUCCAGAUACAGACUUCAACCCUGAGUUGCUGCCUGGUCAGGGAACCUUCUCACAUGCAAGUUACUUUGAUGACAGUUCACCCAGUCCAGAGCCAGAUCUUGACCUUGUGAAGAGCUUCAGUGGGGGAAGUCAGCAGAACACACCUUCAGGUACCCCACAGAAUCCAACUUCACAUGGCCGUAGCACACCAGAUGCCACCCUAAAGGACGCUUUUGAUGUUAGCAUGGUUUUUAGUGGGAACAGUGGAGGAGGAAAACCUUUGCUAGGCCCAGGGCCAGAUUUGGGCGAUUCACAUUCUCAUGUAGGUGGUGGACAGAGUCCACUCACAUUGAGCAUGGCAGGACUUAGCAGUGACUUUAAAAGUAGCGAAGUAAAGGUCAAACAGCAGCAGAUGAGGCCAAAGGAAGAUAAUGGAGUAGGUAACUCUGGAAUGGUGAUAGGAGGAACAGGCUCUGCAGAAGGAAAACAGAUGAAGCGUAGUCGCACACCUUCUAGUGAGGGAAAAUCGAAAGACAAACCACCCAAGCGUAAAAAGCUUGAUCCAGAAGGCAAGUCUCCCUCUCACAGUUCUGGGGGUCGGCCCUAUACCCCUCCAAGUGGGAGUGCCAGUUCUGGAGGUUCAAUGAGUGGAGGUGGAUCCAAAUCCCCAGGCAGCUCAGGUCGUUCUCAGACCCCACCAGGAGGUGCCACCCCACCUAUACCUAAAAUCACAAUACAAAUCCCUAAAACCUUAACAGGGGGAAAAACAUCUUCUCAUGGAGGUUAUACAUCAAGUAGUUCAGCAAGUGGAAGUACUGGUGGUGCCAGUGGCACGAGCAGCAGCAAAAGCCACCAUUCCCACUCAUCUUCAUCUUCAGGAAAAAUGAAGACGAGCAAGAUGGAAGGUUCCAUGGGACAAGGUAACAGUUCUAAGCCACCAAGUACAGGAGGAAGUGGGAGUGGCAUGCCACCUCAGUCCAAAAGCUCUUCGCUUGGCAUGGGUGCUGGCAAACCAGGCUCUUCUCCGAUUACCAAGCAUGGUAUGUCAGGUUCAGGUAGUAGUGGCAGCAGUGGAGCAGUUAGUGGGAAUAAAAUGAGGCCCCAAGGAGGCAAACCACCUGGAUCACUAAUAAACCCUAGCAUUAAGCCUAACAUUUCUCCUUCACACUCUCGGUCUGGAAGUUCGGACAAACUUUCCUCUCCAAUGAAGCUUCAGCAAGGUCAAGUUCCAGGAACCCCACCAUCUUCAAAAGCAAAGUCACCGAUUGGUUCUGGUAGUGGGAGUUCAGGGGGGUCAAAGUCCUCUUCUGGUGGUGGGAUGAGUUCCCAGAAACAGUUAGGAAGUGGUUCUUCCUCUGGUUCUUCCUCCUCUUCUACUUCAUUUGCUGGCUCUUCCUCUGGCUCCAUGUCAUUUUCCUCUGGUGGUCAAUCGCAGUAUGGAGGAAGUGGGGGUGGUGGUGGCGGAGGAGGAGGUGGAAGUGGUGGAGGAGGUGGGGGGAACAAUCCUAAUGCCAAGGGAAAGUCCCCUAGCCGAAACAAAAAGCCUUCCCUUACAGCAGUCAUAGACAAGUUGAAGAGUGUUGGUAGUGGUGGUAUUGGUGGGGAGGAGUGUGAAGGAGGUGGAGAAGGUGGUGGUCCUGGCAGCAAUACAGGUAGUGGGGGUGGGGGGUUACCUCCAAAUGUUGGUCCUCCAAAGCGAGAAAAGGUUGAAAAAGAAGGAAAAUCCAAAGGAUCUCUUUCAUCAGGAAACUCUGGUGAAAAAAAGAUGAUGGACCCAAAAAACAGUGGAGUGAGCAGCACUGGUGUGGCUAAGAUUAUCAUAAGCAAACCUGACGGAGGUUCUCCAAGCAUCAAGUCCAAAGUAACUCUCCAGAAACCUGGUGACGGAUCCGCAGAAGGUUCCAUGCGCCCACAGCAUUCAGGCUUGAAAGCAUCACCUCUUUUUAGUGGCUCAACACCAAAGCAUGACCGCAGUUCCCCAAGCCACAGCCGCUCACCUGGAUAUACACCUCUGUUCCCAGACAGUGAGAGCGAGUCAGGUAGCAGUUCAGUGGCCGAGAAAUCCCAUCAGAACAGCCCCAGCUCUGAUGAUGAUCAGAGCAUGAGGCCAUUACAACCACACCAGGACUACAUGUCGGUCAGCCUCGGAGAGAAACACAAGAAGCACAAAAAAGAAAAGAAAAAGCAGAAAGAAAGAGAGCGGGACAGGGACCGAGAACGAGACAGGGACAGGGAUCGAGACAAGGAGAAGAAGAAAUCCGUAAUGUCUUGUGGUCCCCCUUCACUCCCGAUGAAGGCAGAAAGCUGGUCCAGGUCUCCUCUGUCUUCCUCAGAACCCCCUAUGUCAUUGCUCAGCUCUGAGCGUGCCUCAAGACCAAGUCCUGUGUACAUGCACACCGAGGAUGACGACCUGAUGGACUCUGCUCUAACGGGCUCUAACUUAGAACCGUUCAAAUAGAAAUUAUUCCACGGGUAUAUUUUGCGCAUGGUAUUUUCGCACCUCUAUGAAGGUUCUGUCAUUUUAAAUGUUUAAACAUUAUGAUCAUUCUUUUUAAACUAUACAAUUUUAUAAUGAUACCGUAAAGAAAAGAGUGAGUCCAGACCUUUGAGUAAUAGGAUGGUGUAUGCAUUAUGUUUUGUAUGUCACAUAUGUCACAAUACAGGUGAUGGACAUAUAUAUACUGAAGAUCACUGUUGAUAAACCUGUCUAAAAGAAUCUAAAUUAUUUGUAAUAACUCAUUGUAGGUUUCAUGUUUUUAUGUUUAAAAACAGUGCUGUAUUUUUAAAAGAUUCCAUUGAAGCACACAUUGUAAAAACCAUGUCUUUUAUAAGCGUUAUUUUCUUGAAACAUUAGAAUACAUUCUUCAUUUUGUCAUGUACUUUUAGGCUUUGCAGAGGAGGAUUAGCAUUUCCUCCUUCAUAUGUAAAUACACAGGUCAUUACACAUGGUUGAAAUAAACUUUAAUUUUAAGUA